CAGCAUUCACAUCAAUUAACUUCCGCCAUUCUUUUAGGAUUUUCUUUCAUAGUUCUUGUCUUCGAACUUGAGAGAACAGAACUUCUUGUCUUUGCAUAUUGCGGCAAUUACUAUUGUCUCAUUCUUGUGUUUCUCUAUAAGCAAGAAAAAGAGACGACCAUAUAUACCAUGUUGACUGUACCAGCUGCACGCCGUCGUACCAUGGGUGUUCGCUUUCACCCUACUGAAGCAGAGUUGAUCAACUUUCUUAAAAGGUUCCUUAAGGGCGAGCCUUUGCCGAGUGAAUGCCCUAAUUUCCAACUUGCCGAUAUCUAUGGAGACCAACCACCAUGGGAGAUAUUUGGAGCUUCUGAUCAUCCCGAAGAGAAGGUUCGCUAUAUUUUUACUCGGUUGAAGAAGCAGAAGAGUGAACAUACAAGGGUUCGUCGAACUUGCGCCAACAGGACAUGGAAAGGCCAAACAGGUAUUGAUCCUAUCAAGAAUGGUAAGGGAACUGUGGUUGGGUUUAGAAGAUGUUUCAAGUUUCAAACUAGUAGUAAAGAAGGAGAGCACAAUAAAAUUUGGCUGAUGAAAGAAUAUUCCGUGGGGGAUGAUUUCUGUAGAGAAAACAAUAUUGCUAAGGAGGAUAUUGUUGUGUGCCGAAUCAAGAAGAAUAUAAGAUCAAAGAAAAAUCAUGGGGUAAAUAUGGAGGAACAAGAUGUUCCAAAAGUAAUCGAAGCUAUGUUGCAUGGACCUGAUGAAGAUUACUGCACAACAGUACAACCAGCAACAAUAUGUCAAGCAGCUGAUCAACAUCAAGUUAAUGACUGGUCCAACUACCAACAGGAGGUCAAUUGGGCUGAUGAUAUGCUCAUAGGAAUAGACGAGUUUGGAGAUAUAAUCUGGUAAGCAUGAGUAAUGAAGGGGAAGCAGAUAUAUCGACGGGAGGAGAGACACGCAGCAAUCAAUUUAUAUACUACAACUUUGUUGAAUGAACUCAGAUAUGUUGCUUCUGAGUUGGCCUCGGACAUCACGGCUAAUGUCGGAGAUGUAAAGGUUUACUUGCACAAAUUUUCUCUUCUGUCCAAGAGUACCUCUUUGCAAAAGCUGGUUGCUAAUGCAAGUGAAGCAAAUUGUGAUGAAGUUCACAUUCAUGACAUUCCUGGAGGACCUAAUGCCUUUGAAAUAUGUGCCAAGUUUUGUUACGGCAUGACUGCUAAACUGAAGAAGCUAUUGAGAAAGGAAACCUUAUUUUCCGAAGCUGGAAAGAUUCAAUAACAGUUCUUCAAACUACUAAGUCUCAGUCGCGUUUGUGUGAAGAACUGAAGUUGAUCAGCCACUGCAUUGAUGCUAUAGCACCCAAGAGAGUGGAUUGGCCCGAUACGAAAAAGCUUCCAGAAGAGAACGGAAAUGAUCCUAACUUGAAUGGUAUUAGAAGCCGCAUGGUGCCAAAAGAUUGGUAUGGGUGAGGACUUAAGUGAGCUUGAAGUAGAUUUAUAUAAGCAGGUAAUUGUCACUAUAAAAAACAAAGGCGUUGUUUCUUCUUAAGUAAUUGGAGAAGCUGUGAAAGCUUAUGCUUAUAGAAGGUUUCCAGGCUUAGUAAAGGUGUGUUCUAGUUCAAUGAUGUCUCCAAAUGUCGAGCAAUAUUGGAUACGAUUGUAUGGCUGUUGCCCUCUGAGGAAGGUUGUGUCUCUUGUAGUUUCUUGUUAAAACUGCUGAGAGCAUUAAUUUCACUUGGUAUUGCAAAGGUAGAACUAGUUAAAAGAAUAGGGCAGAAUUUGCAGGAGGCUUCUGUAAAUGAUCUUUUGAUUCGAGCCUCAAAUGGGGAAGGAACCAUGUAUGAUGUCCAUGUCGUCCAUAAAUUACUAGAAGUUUUUAUGAUGCGAGAUAAGGAUUCUGAACCUCAGCUAGAAGAUGGAGAUGAAAUUCAGAAGAUGCGAAAUCCAGGGAUUUUAUCAGAAGCUUCAAAAUUGAUGGUGGCAAAGCUAGUAGAUGGAUGCCUUACCAAAAAUUGCGAAAGAUCCUAAUCUCCCUUUGUCAGCAUUUGUUGGUCUAGCAGAGAUGGUA